AUUUGACCCCGGCGCGGGGCUGCGCAAACCCGCGGACAAAACCGACAACGGCCAAAAGUCACCGCGACGUCGGCGGGCGGAGAUACAGGGGGCCAAAAUCACCGGGAGGGAACACGCCGCCCGUGGGUGGUGUGCGCUGCGCGGGUUCGAUACAGCUCACGCGCACGCAGCGCAGCCAGCGCAAGCCUGCCCAAGUAGAGUAACCCCUCCCCAAAAAACCAAAACCGAUACCGAUUUACUCCCCACCACCGGCAGGCAGGCACCCACCCCCUUCCCCCCUUCCUCCUCCUCCCCCCAACCCCGCCGCCCCCAAUUCGGAGGAGGCAGGGAGGAAGGCCGCCGGACGGACGGACGGGGACUAGUAAGUAGCUAGCCUAGACCCCCCCUCCCUCACUCCCUCCACCCAUUGCGGCUCGGCCGCAGCCAGGGCAGCAGCGGCCGUCGACAUGGACGACCUUAAGCAGAUCCUGGCGCGGCCGAUCCAGCUGGCGGAGCAGGUGAUCAAGUGGUCCGACGAGGCCUACACGUUCCGGCAGGAGUGCAUGGACCUCAAGGCCAAGGUGGAGCGGCUGGCGGCCCUGCUCCGCCAGGCCGCCCGCGCCGACCUCUACGAGCGCCCCGCGCGCCGCAUCUUCGACGACACCGAGAAGGCGCUCGACAAGGCGCUGGCGCUCGUCGACAAGUGCCGCGCCCACGGCCUCGUGCGCCGGGUCUUCACCAUCAUCCCCGCCGGCUCCUUCAAGAAGAUGACCAACCAGCUCGACAACUCCACGGGGGACCUCUCAUGGCUGCUCCGCGUCUCCGCCUCCGCCUCCGCCGCCGACGCCGACGACUUCGACGCCCACAUCGGCCUGCCCCCCAUCGCGCAGAACGAGCCCAUCCUCUUCCUCAUCUGGGAGCAGAUCGCCGUGCUCUACACGGGCAACCUCGACGCCCGCGCGGACGCCGCCGCCAGCCUCGUCUCCCUCGCCCGCGACAACGACCGCUACUCCAAGCUCAUCAUCGAGGAGGACGGGGUGCCGCCGCUGCUCAGGCUCGUCAAGGAGGGCCGCCUCGAGGGGCAGGAGAGCGCCGCGCUCGCCAUCGGCCUCCUCGGCCGCGACCCCGAGUGCGUCGAGCAGAUGGUGCUCGCCGGGGCCUGCGCCGCCUUCGCCAAGGUGCUCAAGGACGCCCCCAUGAAGGUGCAGGCCAUGGUCGCCUGGGCCAUCUCCGAGCUCGCCGCCAACCACCCCAAAUGCCAGGACGCCUUCGCGCAGCACAACGCCAUCCGACUGCUCGUGGGCCACCUCGCCUUCGAGACCGUGCAGGAGCACUCCAAGUACGCCAUCACCUCCAAGAUGUCCAUACACUCCGUCGUCAUGGACAAAAAGAACAACAACGGCAUGCCCGACCUGCUCGAUGCCGCCGGGGAGCAGCAUCAGCAUACCACGGGGAGGCACCCUGCUGGAAAUGGUUCCCAGACCAAGAACGAGAUGCACAGUUUGGUCCAGUCCACCAUGGCCUCAAAGUCCAACCCCAACCCCAACCCCAACCCCAACGGCGGCAGCAGCAAGGGCAGUAACGGCGGUGGUGCUAUCGCGUCAAAGCAGCAUAAUGCAUCGCUGUCAGGGAUGACUACAAGGGGCAGGGAGUUCGAGGACCCCGAGACCAAGGCAUACAUGAAGGCAAAUGCCGCCAAGGCUCUGUGGCACCUCGCCAAGGGAAAUGCCGCUAUCUGCAAGAGCAUCACCGAGUCAAGGGCUCUUCUCUGCUUUGCGGUUCUUCUUGAAAAGGGUGAAGGCGAGGUGCAAUACAAUUCUGCCAUGGCGCUCAUGGAGAUCUGCAGUGUGGCCGAGCAGAACUCAGACCUGCGACGGUCGGCGUUUAAACCAACCUCUCCUGCCGCCCGUGCUGUUGUUGACCAGCUCCUACGCGUCGUCGAGAAGGCUGAGUAUGACGACCUCCUGAUUCCCUGCAUUGUCUCAUUGGGCUGCCUGUCCAGAACGUUCCGUGCAACAGAGACUAGGAUCAUCGGUCCAUUGGUGAAGCUUCUCGAUGAGAGGGAAGCAGAUGUCUCCAAGGAGGCAGCAAUGUCCCUUACCAAGUUUGUGUGCACGGACAAUUACCUGCGCGUCGACCAUUCCAAAGCAAUCGUCGAUGCGGGUGGCGCAAAGCAUCUUGUUCAGCUCGUGUAUUUCAGCGAGCAGGCGGUUCAGCUGGCAGCACUCACCCUCGUAUGUUACAUUGCACACAAUGUCCCAGACAGCGAGGAGUUGGCACAAGCGGAGAUCCUCACGGUGCUCGAAUGGGCCUCCAAACAAGCAUACAUGAUGCAAGACCCGACGAUAGAGAACUUGUUGCCAGAAGCCAAGAUCAGGUUGGAGCUGUACCAAUCCAGAGGCGCAAAGGGCUACUAUUAGGUCACAUGUGCUGUGGAGAUGCGUGGGAGAAGAAUAUUAACGGUGUUCUUCUUUACAAUGUCCAAGUGCUGUAUAUACAUGGAGUGGCUUCUUUUCAUACUCUGGCUGGACUUCUUUUGAUCCCAAACAUGGCAAACUUUGAUUUACAUCUUUGGUUGGGUUCUUGGUUCAUGGAGGUAAUUUUGUUCCAGGUGUCCUGGGGGGGUUUGUAGGCUCGCGCGCGUACAGAACUUGAGUUGCUUUGUGGUGGAGUAGUUUUGGGAGAUUAGCAUCGUGUACUCUCUUUGGUCUAAAUGUUGUAUCAUGUAUAUUACAUUUCACUCGUCUAUCAGAGAAAAAUUCUUAAA